AUGAAAUUUGUAAGUUGCCUUUCUGAGGCAAUCAUAGAAGCUCCACUUAUUCACGUUCUAUCACUAUUUGGAGAGAUUGACCUUUUCAAGGACUGGUAUCCAAAUGUUAAUGAAUGCAACAUCGCUAAGUAAGUCACUAACUAUAGAGGCAUGUACACACUUAAGCAGUCCAUGCAAUGGCCAGUCUGGCCUAGAGAGAUCGUAAUCAAGGCAUCGGGAAUGAUUGAUAGGAAGAAUUCAGCUUGUUUGAUCGUACUUAAAUCAAUUGACGAAGGUCAAACUUUCUUCAACGUUCCAUCUCCAGCUACAUCAAAUGGCCAUGUAAGAAUCGACAUCAUCAGAGGGUAUCACUAUCUCUAACGCAUCGAUGAUAAUACUACCAGGUAUAUAUCGAUAUUUAAUACUGAUCCAAAAAUUUCCAUGAUACCUAGUUGGUUCUUAAACUUUGUUCUGACCAAGAUUUGCUACCAGAUGCUUGUAAUUGUUUAGAAAAAAUCAAAGGAGGUACCUAACUCUAUCUAUUGGGAAAGAAUUUAGAAAAGGAGAGACUUUUAUGGAAAAAUCCAAGACAUAUAUGAUGAACUUGUAAGGUAACUUAAAGAAAAGGAGUGA